GUCUUGCUUUCACGCCGGAGGAAUUAUUAUCGUCGUUUUAAUUUAACCUUCGAUUAGCUUCGAAUCUGAAUCCGAAAUAACAGGGGGUAUCGCACGUAGACAUUUUACACGGCGAUGGGUCAAUGGGUCGCUACUGAUAAUGUCUUUGUUCGAUUACGAUUUUGUAUAAAAGACUCGCAUUGCUCAGUAGACAGCAUCCGGCAGACGGCAUUGACAGCAUCAUCAUGAGGUGCGUGAUAGUUCUACUGGCUCUGGCAGCUUUUGGGGCGGCCUUACCCCAACAGCAGCAGAAACAACGUGCUGCUGAUCAAAGUCUUCUGAAAAAGCAGCAAGACGUUAUACUGUUAUUACAACAGAUCACCCAAGAAAUCCCGAACGAACAGCUACAGAUCCUUGGUACCACCUAUGAUAUUCAAAAUAAUUUGCAACAAUAUAACAAUCCGAUCCUUGUCAAGUACUAUGUGGGCGCUGUACAGGCCGGUCUGGUACAACCGAAAGGUACUGCUUAUUCAAGCUCCAUCAGCCAGCUUCGUAAGGAGAUCGCUCUUUUGCAAAGAAUUUUAUUAAGUGCCACUAACUAUCAGACAUUUUUGGCAACCGCCGCUUGGGCCCGCGUCCACGUUAACGAAGAACAAUUCGUCAAGGCUUUCAUCGGAGCUGUUCUACAGCAUCCGGAGACACAGGGUGUCAUUCUGCCGCCUCUCUACGAAAUUAUUCCCCAAUUCUAUUUCGAUUCUAGAAUAAUCCAACAAGUCCAAGACGUCGUUGCACAAAGCGUUGGACAAAGUCCUGUUGUUAUUCCCGUCAAUUAUACCGCCAAUUUGCCCAAUGGUGAACAUCAGCUUUCCUACUUCACACAAGACAUCGGCCUUGCCAACUAUUACGCCUUCGUCAAUCUUGCUGGAAAUUCCUUGCAACAGAAUGUACAACAGCAAACGCCGUUGCAGUAUCAAGGAAUCCAAAAUCAGGAAGAUCAAAUUGGUCAGGGAGCUCUCUACUAUUACCUUCAUCAACAACUACUGGCCCAUUAUGAAUUGAAUCGUCUCGCAAAUGGACUUGGUCCGAUUCAAAAUACUGAUUACAUCAAUGUACAAGCGCCGUAUCAACCGCAUCUCCGACACAUAAAUGGACUCGAAUUCCCCACGCGCCCUUCGAAUCUUCAGCUCAGUCCUGUCAAGAAUCAUCUUAUCAACACUGUCAAGAAAAUUGAAGAAAGACUGAUGGAAGCUAUUGAGUCUGGGCAUGUCAUCACUCCGCAAGGUGCUUUCCUCUCCCUUUACCAACCGCAAGGUUUGAACAUUCUUGGGGAACUUAUCCAAGGAACUGGCAAGAGCGUUAAUCCAAGAUAUUAUGGCAGUCUUCAAGCGGCCGCGCGUCAACUCCUCGGUAACGCUCCUGAAGUACAGAAUAUCUACGAUUAUACUCCUUCUGUUCUGGAAUCGGGAAGUAUUGCUGUUCGUGACCCAGCUUUCUACCAGCUUUACAAGAAAGUCAUCCAAUUGUUCCAGCAGUAUCAGAACUCUCUGCCCGCAUAUCAGUAUAAUGAUGUUCUUUUGCCCGGCGUUAGCAUCCAAAACGUUCAGAUUAGUCCACUUGUGACUCUCUUCAACGAUUAUUACGUUGAUCUCGAUAGCGCAACUGCCCACCAGCAAGUUGGUCAACAACAAGUCCAGCAGCAGCAACACCAAGGCCAGCAGCAGCAACACCAAAGCCAUCAGCAGCAGCAACAAGUCCAUCAGCAGCAUCAACAAGUCUAUCAACAGCAGCAACAAGUCUAUCAGCAGCAGCAACAAGUCCAUCAGCAGCAGCAACAAGUCCAGCAGCAGCAGCAGCAGCAGCAGCAGCAACAACAAAUCAAAGGACAAGUAAAAAGAUUAGAUCAUAAGCCGUACGAAUAUCAAAUCACCGUCCAGAGCGAGCAGAACAUCCUCGAUGCCGUUGUCCGCGUCUAUCUUGGACCGAAAUAUGAUUAUGAGGGCAAGCCCAUCAGCAUUUCUCAACAUAGACAGCAAUUCGUCGAACUUGAUCAAUUUACAACUAACCUUCAGCAAGGACAGAACGUCAUUGUUAGGCAGUCCCAGCAAGCGCCAGGUCAGAGCUUUGAUUACCCAUCCGUUCAGGAAAUCAACCAGAGUGUCAACGAUGCUAUCCAUGCGCAAGAACCGUUUUACGUCACCGAGCCGCAUCAGAUCUUUGGUUUCCCUGCUAGAUUGGCUCUUCCUAAAGGUCAACAGGGUCAAGGAUUCCCAGUUCAGUUGUUGGUUGUGAUUUCUCAACCAGAACAACAAAGCCUAUCUUAUGGACCAGUAAUCCCGGAACAAUAUCAAACAUACCAACAAAAUGAAUAUCAAGUAGUUGAUUCCGCGGAAUAUCUUCAGCAAAUUCAACAUGGUAACAAGGGACUCGGUUUGAAACAAACUGUGGAAGUUGUGCCUGAAACUCUGUCAGUUGGUCAACAAGUAAAUCAAGUUGUAAGGAACCAUUAUGCUAAUCUCUACACUCAGCAACACGGACAAUAUCCGUACACGCAUACCCAACAUCAAAUCGGCCAGGGACAAGUACAGGGACAGAACGUCUACGGUGUACAAAGCCAGUGGCUACUUGGACAGCAGGGACAAUGGAGGCAGCAAGGACAACAGACCCAAAACAUUCACGGACAACAGGGACAACAGGGACAACUGAGACAGUUAGGACAACAGGCCCAAAAUGUCCAAGAACAGCAAGGAUAUCUGGGACAGCUAAGACAACAGGCUCAAAACACUCAAGGACAGCAGCAAUGGAGUCAAUUGCAAAAUAUUGAUCAAGAACAACAAUCUCAAAAUACGGUCGGAGUCGUAGGAGUCCAAGGUGUGCUAACUGCUGGUGUACAAAAUACACAACAAAGCACUCAAGGUGUACAAGGAUUACAAAAUUUGCAAAGUCUGCAAGGUGUACAAAAUGUGCAAGGAAGACAAGGUAAUGUUGUUGGUGGCGUUCAAUCUGGAAUUCAGAGCAAAUACCAAACUACUUACCAAGGACAGAGUCAACAGCAGCAAGGACUCACUGGUAGUGGACAAUACCACGCUGGUGGCUUUCAAAAUAUCUUGAGUCAGGGACAAAAGGUACAAGACAGUGAUGUCAGUAAAUACUACCAGAAUAAGCCCAUCUCCCAAAUCAUUGGUGGUGCUAUUUCUCUGGACGGUAAACCUCUCGGCUACCCGUUGGACAGACCCUUGAGCAUUGGUGCUCUUUCCGUGCCUAAUGUGCAUGUACAAACUGUCCAUAUUUAUCAUGAAGGCCAACCCACCAACGAAAUCUAUCAGUGAAGUGUUCCUAUAAAUCAGGCUUAAUAGAUGCGACAUCGCCAGAUGUAACAAUGAUGUUUAAGCGAGAGCUGUUUUUUAUUUUUUCAUUCAAUGUCAAAAAUGAUUUAUUGAUAUAGCAAAUGCAAUUAAUAAAUUGCCCUAAAACGCAAA